AGAGCAAAGACUCCUGCUUUUCGUUAUCACAGUGACUUCGUGCUCUCUCUUUUCUUUUCUCUCUCUAUCUGAAAAACGUGACGGCCGGCAACCGGAAAUCGGAGACUCGCCGGAUAAUCGGAACUGUGCGAAUUAGGUGAAUGUUGUAAGUCGAAGAAACGAGAAGAAGACGAUGAAGGUUUUUGUCAAGACUUUGAAGGGCACUAACUUCGAGAUCGAAGUGAAACCCGAAGAGACGGUUGCUGAUGUCAAGAAAAUUAUAGAGACCGUACAGGGUGCAGAUGUGUACCCUGCCUCACAACAGAUGCUUAUUCAUCAGGGGAAAGUUCUUAAGGACACCACAACUCUAGAAGAAAAUCAAGUUGCUGAAAAUAGUUUUAUUGUGAUAAUGUUAACCAAGAAUAAGGCAUCACCAAGCGGAGCCUCCAGUACAAAAGGUGCAGCCACAAGUCAGGCUCAACCUGCUAGUGCUCCUACCUCGACAGCACCACCAGUAGCACCUCCAAAUCCUGUUCGAGCUGUGGCAGAGUCACAGCCUGUCAUUGAGACUCCUGCUGUUGCAGCUCCCACUGAUUCUUCAAGAUCAGAUGUGUAUGGCCAAGCUGCAUCAAAUCUUGUUGCAGGAACUAAUUUAGAGGCUACCGUUCAGCAGAUUCUAGAUAUGGGCGGAGGAAGUUGGGAUCGUGAUACAGUUGUCCGUGCUUUACGUGCUGCUUUCAACAACCCUGAAAGGGCUGUUGAGUAUUUAUAUUCUGGCAUUCCUGAACAAGCUGAAGUCCCACCAGCAGCCCAAGUUCCUGCUGGUGAACAAGCAGCAAAUCCUCCGGCAGCAAAUCCUCCAGCCCAGGCUCCACAACCAGUAGCGCCUACUGCCGGUCCGAAUGCAAAUCCACUAGACCUGUUUCCACAGGGCCUUCCCAAUAUGGGUGCAAAUGCUGGUGCAGGCAAUUUGGAUUUCCUGCGCAACAGUCCACAGUUCCAAGCUUUGCGAGCUAUGGUGCAAGCAAACCCUCAAAUUCUCCAGCCUAUGCUUCAAGAGUUAGGGAAACAAAAUCCACAUCUAAUGCAGCUCAUUCAAGCUCAUCAAGCUGACUUCUUACGCUUGAUAAAUGAGCCUGUUGAAGGCGGUGAAGGGAACCUAUUGGAGCAGUUGGGUGCAGCAGUGCCACAGGCUGUGACCGUCACCCCUGAGGAGCGAGAGGCCAUCGAACGUCUUGAAGCUAUGGGUUUCGAUCGGGCCCUUGUGUUGGAGGUAUACUUUGCAUGCAACAAGAAUGAGGAGCUGGCGGCCAACUAUCUUUUGGAUCACAUGCAUGAGUUUGAGGAAUGAUAUGACAAAUGGGUUAUCUUUGAUCCAUCUUUUCUUCUGUGUGAACUCUUUGCCAUGUGGGUUAAGUUUAGUAGGGUUUCUUAUACUCUUCUUAUUCCAGCUAUUUGUCUUGUAUCUCUCAGCAGACGGUGUCAUAUCCCCUCCCUUUUAUGUUUUGGAUGGCAUAAAUUAUCUGCUUCAAA